AGGUAGCUUCUGAUCUCACAAAAGAACACAAAUUGAAACGGCGUAGCAGGAGCAAAAUAAUUGUAUCUUGUUAUGUGGACAAUGUGUCCUCUCCAAAAGUAGAUCUAAGCCAUCUUGUGGCCCAUAUGCAAUCUACUGGAGCAGAUAUGAUCAAACUUGUUGCCAAUGCAACUAAUAUUACAGAAAUAACGAGGAUUUUUCAUUUGCUUUCACAUUGCCAGGUUCCGCUAAUUGCAUACUCCAAUGGGGAAAGAGGUCUUAUAAGCCAGUUAUUGGGCCCAAAGUUUGGUGGCUUUUUAGUCUAUGGAUCUAUUGAGGACAAUUUAGUACCUGGUCUGCCUAUUCUAGAUAGCCUUAGAAAAGCUUAUAAUGUUGAGUGUAUAGAUGCGGAUACAAAAGUUUUUGGGCUUAUCUCAAAACCAGUAAGCCAUAGCAAAGGUCCUAUUUUGCAUAAUCCUACGUUCAAACAUGUGGGCUACAAUGGAAUUUAUGUUCCGAUGCUUGUGGAUGAUCUCAAGGAGUUCUUUUGUGUCUAUUCAAGUCCUGAUUUCGCUGGUUUCAGUGUAGGAAUUCCAUACAAGGAAGCAGCAAUUGAAUUUUGUGACGAAGUCCAUCCACUUGCUCAGUCUAUAGGUGCUGUUAAUACUAUUAUAAGGAGACCUAGUGAUGGCAAGCUGGUUGGUUAUAAUACAGAUUGUGAGGCUUCUAUAACUGCCAUUGAGGAUGCUCUUAAAGGGGGAUGCAAUAAUGGGGACGCAUUUCUCCCCUCUCCACUCACUGGGAUAUUGUUUGUGCUAGUUGGCGCUGGAGGUGCAGGAAGAGCACUGGCAUUUGGUGCUAAAAGCAGGGGAGCACGGGUUGUCAUUUUUGACAUUGAUUUUGAUAGAGCAAAGUCUCUUGCCGAUGCCGUGUCAGGUCAAGCUCGGCCUUAUGAAGAUUUAGUUAAUUUCAGGCCCGAGAAAGGUACAAUCCUCGCAAAUGCAACACCUUUAGGAAUGCAUCCAAAUAUGGAUCGGAUUCCCGUGGCUGAGGCAACCUUGUGUGAUUGCAAGCUCGUCUUUGAUGCUGUGUACACACCUAGGAAAACCACUCUUCUAAAAGCAGCUGAGGCUGCUGGAGCCAUCAUUGUCAGUGGAGUUGAAAUGUUUCUGCGGCAGGCAAUUGACCAAUUUAAUCUUUUCACUGGCAACAAAGGUACAUUCAUUAUUCUUACAUCAAUUUCUGAAUAUAUCUCUGGCAUGGUUGAAAGAUUGGGUCUGUAAUAUAAAGAAGCAGAUCUUUGGAUAACUUCAUACCAGUUUGACUGCCCUGGGAUUAUAACUUGAACUUGCAUGUAGGACUGGAGUUAAACCGUUUCAACUUUCUAGAUACUCCUGCAGACCAUGUAAAUUCUCCAAUGCGACAAAUUUGAGGGCGGGUCUGAUAGUUAAGAUGUCAUUUUAGUCAUUAUAUACGGUUUUCCUAUCUUAAUUUCCAAUACUUCAUAUUUGUUUUUUCUGGUUUUUCUUUUUCAUUUCCUAUCUUAUUUUUGUUUUCUUUUUUGCCUCCAACAAAGAGAACCUAACAACAACACCCCCCCCCCCCAAAAAAAAUAAUAAUAAUAAUAAUUUGCAAUGUUGUGGUGGUGUAUUGGUUCUUUUUUCAAAGGGAAGGGACAAAAGGAUACACUUGUUUUGGUUCUUUGCGGGUUUUCUCUUGUAUCUAGAUCCCCCAUUAUAACAUGGGGAUUUUAUAGCUUUUUUGUCAAGGCUCGAGAGCUCAUUGUAUAGUCUGUGAUUAGGUUUGAGAGGUUUCAGAAGGCAGCCAUCAUCAUUUUGCUCAUUUUAGCACUUGGGCAGAGUAUGUACCUUGUAGUCUUAACUAAAUCGUGUUAAUGGUUACAAAUUUACAAUAAAUAACAUCAUUUGAAGAAUUCAUCCAAGAAGCAGUUUCUAAUUUUUUUUUCAAGCAUAUUACUUCCACUUCGACCUUCUUCCCUUGUCCAUAAAGAUCCACAAAAUUUGCCGUAAACAUUGAUAACUUUAGUUUUCAUAGUGAACAUGCAUUCUCCACCACUUGAGUAAAUCCAUUCAGAAUUCCUUUGUUCUUUUUUGCUUGAUUAACAGUGUAAAGCAAGCUUCAUGGUCAUGUAUUACGGGAACACAUGUUUGUCUGUAUGACGGUUCUGAUUGGAUUUGUCUGACUUAAGUUUUUUUUUGUUAUGUAUGCAAAGAUAGAAAUAAAAUGACCACAAUUUUAGGUAUUCACUUAAUAUUGUUAGGUAUAGGCACUUUUCU